AUGACUAUUGACUAUACUUGGUGGAAAGAUGCCACUGUUUAUCAAAUCUGGCCAGCUUCUUUUAAGGAUUCAAACGGUGACGGUAUUGGUGAUAUUCCUGGUAUUAUUACUGAAUUGGACUACCUCAAGGAUUUAGGAGUUGAUAUUAUCUGGUUGAGUCCAAUGUACAAAUCUCCAAUGGAAGAUAUGGGUUAUGAUAUCAGUGAUUAUGAAGACAUCAACCCAGACUUCGGUACUUUGCAAGAUAUGCAAAAUUUAAUUGAUGGUUGCCACGAAAGAGGCAUGAAAAUCAUCUGUGACCUGGUUCUUAAUCAUACUUCUGCUGAACAUGAAUGGUUUAAAGAAUCGAGAUCUUCAUUGGACAACCCAAAGAGAGACUGGUAUAUCUGGAAGAAACCAAAAUAUGAUGCUGAUGGUAACAGACAACCACCAAACAACUGGUUAUCUUAUUUCUCUGGUUCCGCAUGGACUUAUGAUGAAAAAACUGGUGAAUAUUAUUUAAGAUUAUUUGCUAAUGGUCAACCUGAUUUGAACUGGGAGAAUGAAGAAUGUAGAAAAGCAAUUUAUGAUUCUGCAUUGAAAUUUUGGUUAGACAGAGGAGUUGAUGGUUUCAGAAUUGAUACUGCUGGUUUGUAUUCCAAACAUCAAUCAUUUGGCGAUGCUCCAAUUGUCUUUAAAGAUCUGAUUUAUCAACCAAGUGAAAAGUAUACUCAUACGGGUCCAAGAAUCCACGAAUUCCAUCAAGAAAUGAACAAAGAAGUUUGGUCUAAAUAUGAUAUUAUGACCGUUGGUGAGGUUGGUCAUUGUAAGAGAGAAGAAGCAUUGAAAUAUGUGAGCGCUGCUAGAAAAGAAAUGAAUAUGAUGUUUUUAUUUGAUAUUGUUGAAUUAGGUAGUGAUGACCAAGAUAGAUUCAGAUACUUGGGUUGGAAAUUGAAGGAUUUCAAAGAAGCCAUUCAAAUUCAAAGCGAUUUCAUUAAAGGUACUGAUGCUUGGUCAACUGUUUUCAUUGAGAACCAUGAUAAUGCUAGAUGCAUUUCGAGAUUUGGUGAUGACAGAAAAUACAGUGCUAAAAGUGGUAAAUUAUUGGCCACUUUACAAGCUACUUUGACUGGUACUUUGUUUAUCUACCAAGGUCAAGAAAUCGGAAUGACCAAUUUACCAAGAUCAUGGCCAAUUGAAGAAUACAAGGAUAUCAACACCAUCAACUACUACAAUGCUUUCAAGGAAAAAUGUGGUAAUGAUCCAGAUUUCAAAGAAAAGGAAGAGAAAUUAUUAGACGUUAUCAACUUAGUUGCUAGAGAUCAUGCUAGAUCUCCAGUCCAAUGGAAUUCUUCAGCCAAUGCCGGUUUUACUUCAGGUAAACCAUGGAUGAGAGUUAAUGACAACUAUAAAGAAAUCAAUGUUGAAGCUCAACAAAAGGAUCCAAAUUCAGUAUUGCAAUUUUAUGAAAGAUUAUUGAAAUUAAGAAAAGAAUACAAGGAUUUGUUCAUUUAUGGAUCAUUUGAAAUUUUAGAUUAUGAUAAUGAAAAAACUUUCACCUAUGUUAAAGAAUUACAAAAUGCUGAUUCACCAAAAGCUUAUGUUGUUCUCAACAUGUCUGGUGAUCAAGUUAAAUUUAACCCAUUGAUUAAAGGUGAUUUCAGAUUAAUUGUUUCCAACGUUUCUCAAUCAGAAUUAGUUGAAAACACUUUAACACCAUGGGAAGCCAGAGUUUACAUUGUUGAUUAA